CUUAUACAAUAUCUCAAUAUAUAGAUAUAGAUAUAAUUAAUAAUGGCAGGUGGUUAUUCAGUGGAUCCAUUAGUGGUGGGUAGAGUGAUCGGAGAUGUGGUGGAUAUGUUUGUGCCGGCGGUGAGUGUAUCAGUCUACUUUGGGUCAAAACAUGUCACUAAUGGAUGUGAUAUUAAACCCUCCAUUUCCAUUACUCCUCCUAAACUCACCAUUUCUGGUCACUCCCAAGAUCUCUACACUCUGGUAAUGACUGAUCCUGAUGCGCCCAGUCCAAGUGAGCCCACCAUGCGAGAAUGGGUGCACUGGAUUGUUGUGGAUAUUCCAGGAGGGACAAAUCCAAACAAAGGGAAAGAGAUUCUACCUUAUGUGGGCCCACGUCCCCCGGUAGGGAUCCACCGAUACAUUCUAGUUCUGUUUCGACAGAAAGGGCCACUGGGGCUGGUGGACCAGCCCCCGUGUCGUGCCAAUUUCAACACGCGCUUCUUUGCUGCACAUCUCGAUCUCGGUUUGCCAGUGGCGACCGUGUACUUCAACUCCCAGAAGGAGCCGGCCACUAAGCGCCGUUAGGCUAACCGAGCCGAGUUGAGCUGAGCUGAGCUGAAUUGAGCUGAAAUGAGCUUUAUCAUGUGGUUGAAUAAUGUGUACAUGCAUGGCCUAAGAGGGAGAAAAUGAGCAUAUUAUUAUUAUAUAAUAUAAAUAUUAUAUUAUAUAGUUGGAUAUAUGAAUAAUAAUGCAAUAUGUAAUAUAUUGUAAGCUUUUUAUUUUUAUUUUAUUAUGUUUUAUUACAAUGUAGUAAACUGUCAUGUGUUUGUUAAUUAAUAUUUUUCUCUUCUUUUU